AUGGCAAAGAACAUCGACUCUUUCGAACAACUUAAGACCCAAAUUGGACGUCUGCGGAUGAGAAGGUGUGGCCCAACACUAGCUUUGACUAUCUUCGUCGCUUACGCUCCAACAUCAAGCUACGAUGAAGAAGAAGUCGAAGCUUUCUAUAUGGAUCUGGAGAAGUUCUACCGAAAAGAUCAUGCCUUUUACAAGGUCAUAAUUGGCGAUUUCAACGCUAAAGUUGGCCCAAUAAGAACGCCGGAGGAACUUCACAUCGGGACCCACGGCCUACAAUGGAAUGACCAGGGGGAGAGGCUCCCCGAGUUCAUCAUAACGAUUAAGACCAUCCAUAGGAACUCCAAUAGCAAUUCCAUAAGCCCUCUUUUCUACGUUGGACGCGGGAGUCACCCAGUGAAGAGUACACUAAUGAAAUAG